ACAUCGACGCCAAGCAUAAUUCUACACGUGAUACCAUGUUUAAUGAAAUUCUUGCCAAUCGUGAUGCCCGACUCAUCACCGAACUUGCCGAUCGUGAUGCCAGAUUCGUAACUGAACUCACCGAUUAUCGUGCCAAAUUUAACGCUGAAUUUACCUUACGCGACGAAAAAUUUACAGCAGAGAUCCAAAGAAUCUUGACAAUGAUUAAUACUUCUACUGCAAAAUUUGAUGAAAUCGAACAAGUCCUUCAAACCUACCAUAAUAAUUUCGGUAGAGUCGCAGCUGAAUUCGAAUUAAUCAAUGGAUCUAUCUCAAUGCUCCAAAACGAAAUCAAUCGAUAUUAUGCCGUUGUCCAGGCACGAAGUGACAUUUCUCCAGAAAUAAGAAUCGAACCUAUCGAAGAAGCGGAACCUGGAGACAAUGCAAAUCAAUCCGAAGCCUCCGAUUCGAGCCAACGAUCAUUUUCGGAUACGACUUCAGAAAUCUGGAACCAAUUUAAAAUUAUUUUUGAUAGAAUUAUGGCAGAAAGAGGAUGUUCUUUUGACGAUAUGUGUAAUAUUGUAAUGAUUGAUCUUCUUAAUCUUAGGGUGGGAAAACUUAGUAAAGAUAUAAUCAAAAAUUAUUAUCGUAAAAUUAAUGAUUUAAGAGGUAGCAACUUAGAUAAAAUAGGUGCUUGGAUCGAUAGCAAAACAGUUAAUAGUGAGUAG